UGCCGUCAUCCCGCCCUCCCCUUGCCGACUUUUUUGAACUGGCACUAAUCCUGACCAAAGAGCGCGCAUUCCGCGGCGGGGGCGCGCCUUCCUGAGACGAGAUUUGCAAAGUUAGCGGUCGCGGGGAAGAGCGUCUGGUGGUAGCCCUUCCCGACAGGAGAAGAAUGACGCGCACGGCUUCUGUGGCUCAUUUUGCAAGAAGCUGUUAAAGGGAAACCAAGCGGAGGAACAGAUGUCAGUCUAUCCAAUCGUUCACGUCCAUAUCUUAUACUAGGUCCCCAGUGGUGUCUGGCUUUCUUGAAUGUCAUAAGUCAUUAGGAUUUUGGGAGUCCUGAUCAAAUUAAGGCAACAAUUUGCUAGGCAGAGCAAUGUUAAAAGAUUAGCCUGUGAUAACAUGAAGAAAUCGCAUCACGGCCACCGUUUCCAGCUGACCCAGGGAUGAAAAGAAAAAUAGCAGAGUAUUCAUGGAAGCCAGUCCCACAGAUCAAAGAUUCUCCAUGUGAUCGAUUUAAACAUGCCUGCUGCAUCUGUAGGGGUUUCCUUUAUGUUUAUGGUGGUCGGCACACCACCAUCUUGAAUGACUUCUGGCGAUACAGAAUAGGCAGUAACAAAUGGGAAAGACUGGACAGUUCUGAAAAUGGCCCAGAAGAACUGGAAGAGCAUACGAUGGUGGAGCAUCAGGGUAUCCUCUACAUCUUUGGUGGUAUGGUAGAUUCUGCCUUCACCCAAAAGAAGAAUCCUUUCUGGCUAUAUGACACUGAUCCAGCCAAGUGGCUUCAGUGCCAGCUCACAGCAGUACAGGGUGAGGGAACAACUCCUACUAACCGCAAGGGCCAUAGUGCAGUUGUCUACAGGGGCAGCAUGUAUAUGUAUGGUGGAUACAUUGACAUGAAAGGUGUUUCCCAAGAAUUCUGGACUUUUUGUUUUGAUACAAAACAGUGGUUUCCUGUACCAUCUACUCAGUAUGGUGGCAGUCCAGGCCCCCGGCACGGUCAUACAGCUGUGGUUUAUGGCAAUGGCAUGUAUUUGUUUGGAGGGCUGAUGGGACUGAGUGAGCAAAAGGACUUCUGGAAGUGGGAUUUCGUGGCUACCAACUGGUCUAGCAUCAGGAACAGCCAGGGGCCUCCCAAAGUGGUGGGACACGCUGCUUUAAUCUUUCAAGACUCCAUGCUGGUAUUUGGUGGAGGAAUUUCUAAUGCGAAGCCAAAUGGCACACUGUGGAAAUACCACUUUCCUUCUGAGAUGUGGGAAAAAGUAGCAAGCCCAACGGAUGGAAAUCCUUCAUCCAAAACCUAUCACUGCCUUCUGGGACUUGGGCAUGGUUUCCAGGAGAUGACGGACUCAUCAUGUAUAUCGCUCAACCACUAUUUGCAUCGGAAGGGAAAACAUUGUUCAAAGCUACUAGCCAUCUCAAAGCAGCACUCCUGUUUCUGUGAGUACUUUCAGACUGAGCCUGCAUACCAAGCAUUCAGCAGUGAUGAUGGUAACGAAAUAGAAAUGAGCACCUUUCACCAGCCUCAAAAGCAGCCAGGAUUCUGUUCACUCCAAACUACUUCCAAUGCAGAACUGAGUGCAAACCAGCCAGCAGGCAGUUUGUCCAAGAAAGAGAAAAUCUCAUAUCUUAAACUUUCAAGGGAGCAGGAUCAGGCCACCCUUGACCUUCCAGAGGAGGCAGACUUCAGCUGUCUAGACCCUGACUAUGGGAACAUUGGUGAUCACUCCACUGUCCUGCUUAUCAUUGGUGGUAAACCUUUCUCUAGUUCGUGUGCAAUCUCGUUUUGGCAAAUGGAGCUGGACAAAAUAUAAAUGGCACACAUACCAAGGAAAGAGAGAAUUAUGCCUAGAAUGAAAAAGAAGCCCAGGAGGCAGCCAUUCACACUGAGGAGUCAAAGUGGCUAUUUGAAAGAGUGAUCAUGAACAGCCCAUUCUUUCCUGCAGUUUCUUCUUACGUUGCAUUGUUUGCACUUUUUUUCCCUCCAAUGAACCUACAGAAUGACCCUUCCUUUUUUUUUUGUUGAGCAGGUUCCUGAGGCAGAAGAAACCAGAAGACCUGUUGAAUGUUACAGUUUCUAAACUUUGCUCUUGUACAGUGCCUCACAAAUGUUAUAUAUGGAUUUUUACAACCACCUUGUCAGGAAGGGCAGUGUUAUUCUUAUGCACCAUUCAGCAUGUCUGAUUAUUUUCUUUAGUAAAAUAGGAUUUGACUGUACAAUAUACCCAGCCCUUGCCAAUAAUGCAAGCUCCUACAUUUUACAGGUCAGCUAUCUAGCUUCCAAUAUGCAAGAUUUUUGUAGGAUCUUGAAUAGUGGGGUCUGCAGAAAGACUUUAUACUAGCAAUAGCAACAAGACAUGUCUGAUGCUGUUCUCACCCACCAAGUUGGGGGACAGCAUCAGGAAAGGGAACAGAGACCACAGAAGAACCUAUGAAGAUUAACUCCAAGUAUCAGAAUGUGCAGGGGCUAUUUAAAAAACGAAAUGCAGGUGUUCUAAAGCCAGCAAAUUCUGUGCCGGUAUUUUCUGUGCUUAUCAAGUAUGACCAUAAUACUCUAUUUGGUUUCACAAUUGCUAUUUCAAGUAACAACACGGCAGAUCCAUAAAGAUUCCCUUUGCUGAUUUUAUGGGCCCCUAAAGUUAAAUGAAACCAUCCCUGUCAUUGACUUUGUAGGGUUGUGAGUGAAAUAAUUUAUUCUGCAGUCUGAGGUGGAAUUUAGUCCUUUGAAGUUACCCUUUUCUGACCAAUGUCACUUAACAAAGUAAUGAAGUAUACAGAGGAAUUAGAAAAGGCUGUCGUGUAGUUCUUAAGUGUCUAGCCUGGUUCAUAAAUACCAACAUACGAGAAUUAUCCAGAUUUUGGCUAGUAUUUUCCAGUGUUUUGGGAUUUUUAUACAUUUAAACCUUAUAAUCUUUUAAAAUGUAAUAUGCUAAAGAUGGUUCAAAUGUAAUACUUCUUUCUUCUCGCAAAGAAAAAAUAAAUGCUUGGUAAACUACUUAAA